AUGAAUAGUGUGAGAGAUGAAGAAAUUGACUUUAAUAAAAGAAAAUUCUACUUCGAACAAAUAAACGAUAAGCCUUGUUUACAAUUUGGCCUUUACGUGUCAUUUGAAAGUCUCAAAAUGUCAAAUUGGCAUCCUAUAAUUUGGCCCUCACUAUUUUGUUACUAUUAUGAUAGCGGGUUGAAUGAAGAAAUUGACUUUAAUAAAGAAAAUUCUACUUUUGAACAAAUAAAAGAUAAGCUUUGUUUACAAUUUGGUUAUCUUUACGUGUCAUUUGACAGUCUCAAAAUGUCAAAUUGGCAGCCUAUGAUUUGGGCCUUGUCGGAGAUGAUAAAUGUUCGUUCCUUUACUAUUUUUGUAGUUAAAGAAUCUAUUAUGAAAACUUUAAGAUAG